GUCCACGUUAGCAUCUACGUAUGCAAGUUGUCGAAUUCACCGAACACUAAGUAGAUUGCUCGGAGUCUACGUACUUGCCUAUCAAAACGAACAAGCGGCUUGCGCCAUGGACGAGUCUGCUUCUCUCGAUGCUCUUGCUGAUACGCUCACAAGACUAUCCACGAAUUCAUUCAGUGUUGACCUCCAUGUGCAACACAUUCGCCUGACAAAGUCUUUGGAAGACAAGGACCAACUAUUGGUUGCUCUUGAGAUGGCAGUCAAUUAUAUUGCAACACCAGACGACAUAUGGCUGCCUCUCAUUGACGCGAGGACUGCCGCGAGUGAUAUAAAUACACCGGAAGGUGCACUGGAGGUGUUGGACAUAUAUUCGAAGGCAGAGUCAGACUAUAUGUCUUUCUCAAUUUUGCAAAAGCAUCUGGAAUUCAUAGUCGACCGUUAUGAAUACUUUUCUGGGUUAGAGGUCGAACCAGAUAACUUAGGAGAGCUGUUCUCCGAUGACUGGACUCGAGAAACAAUGGCGACUCUUGUUUCCAAAGGCGCUGGGGACAUGUCACAAAGUCAUGUACUGUGGGAUCAGUAUUACAACUGGGAACUUGAGAUACUGGAGAAGGCCUCAAUAGAUGAGAAGCCCCUAUUGGUCAACUUGAUUGAGGAAAAUCUGCUCGCUCGUCUCCAGCAACCGCACGCCAACCAUCAGGAUACCUACCAAUCAUAUUCCUCAUUUACAACGGCACACAAGCCGGCUGAUGAAUACGAAUCGCUUCUCAUAUCUGCCUCGAAGCUGCGCUCACGAGCUGUUAAAGCAUAUGAGAAACGAGAGGUUUCAGAGAUAGCGUUGUCAGCUGCUGGACACUCACUCGAUGCAUACGCAACUUACGUUGCUGCAGAGCGACGUCGAAAAGAUCCGGAUUAUUUCAUCCUUUGUGGACUUUACGAACGUGCCCUUGCAGAAGCAUCAAGACGCCAAUUUUCCGGCGAGCUUGGCGCAGAACGGGCAUUGCAGAUGUUCUGGGUUGGAUACAUUGAUUUUGUGAAUUUGCAAGGCCAGACUGUGCACUUCUGGCGACGUGCGACACGCAGCGCACCAGGCUCAGGCGAAGUUUGGGCACGAUACAUCCGUUUCCUCGAACGGGAACAAGAGUCCGGGGCCAUUCAAGAGGGAAUGGACGCCGAUGAUAAUGAAGAUAUCGAUGCCGCCCACACUCGUGCCCUUUCAACAAACCUGUUUACUAGGAGCGGAAAGAGCGAUCCGGAAAUUGAUGCUGACCAAAUUGUACCUUUAGUUCUCGCCCGUGCAGGCGCAGAGAAGCGUGCAAUUGAAGGCGGUCGUGCUGGCGAGGAUGCUUUGGCCACUCUCAUCAAGGUCGUAGAGGAUGGAGUCAUUUUGGUUCGGCAAGCGUCGAGCGCUGGAGACCCCCGCUUCAGGCUAGAGAAAUUCUUGUCUGAAUUUUAUCUCAGUCUUGCGGACAUUCCAGAUGCCGCCGUGCAACUAUGGGCUUCCACAGCUUCUCACUACAAGUCGAGCUGGGCGGCUUGGGUAGCUUACACUGAUGUCCUCAUCCGCACAGAUCACUACGAUCUUGCCCGCAAAACCUUCCAAGAUAUGAGCACGAAGAAUCUUGAUUAUCCAGAGGCUCUCUGGGAUGCAUGGCACAACUUUGAACAUGCGUACGGGUCCCUUUCUUCUCUCGAGGAAGCUCUCCACAAAACGGCUCAGGCAAGAACCCAACUUGAGACACGGAGAGCGCGGGAAGCUGAGAAAGCAUACGCAGCGGCAGCAGCACAGUAUGCAGAGCAGCAAGCUGUGUCGGUGCCAGCGAUGCAAGAUUUGGCACCGGGUGUCAGUGAAGCCAUGGACGUCGACAUUUCAGCUACAACCGACAGAAAAGGGAAACGGAAAGCUGAGGAAGAACGCCCUGUUUCUGAAAUAGCUGGGGGAAAGAAGCCUCGCUUCGAAACCCCACCAGUUCCCCUGAAACGUGAUCGAGAGAACUGCACCGUUUUUGUCGCUGACCUACCAUCUGAGGCGACUGAAGCCGAUCUAAAGGCAUUGUUCAAGGAUUGUGGUGAUAUCCGGGAUAUCAAAUUCACUCAUAUGCCAGAGACGCUGGUCGCAACGGUGGAGUUUCAUGAUCGGGACAGCGUGCCAGCCGCUCUUACCAAGGACAAGAAGAGGGUACAUGAGACUGAAAUCAGCGUGCAUCUGGCGUGGCGCUCUACGUUAUAUGUCACGAAUUUCCCAGAAAAGUUUGAUGACGCAUCCAUUCGUGAUUUGUUUGGCCAGUACGGUCUUGUGUUUGACGUGCGAUGGCCGAGCAAGAAAUUCAAGGCUACACGGCGUUUUUGCUACCUGCAAUACACAUCUCCGGCAUCAGCUGAACGAGCGCUCGAGCUCCAUGGUCGCGAGCUGGAACCCGAUCGCGCUAUCAGCGUCCUCAUCUCAAAUCCCGAGCGCAAGAAGGAGCGAACAGAUGCAGACGCUAAUGAGCGGGAACUCUACGUCGCUGGUCUGAGCAAGUUCACGACGAAAGAAGACCUAAGAAAAGUCUUUGAGACUUAUGGCCCUCUCAAAGACAUCCGCCUUGCGGAGGACAAAAGUGGACAGCCAAAAGGCUUUGCUUUCAUUGAUUUCGAAUCAGAGACAGACGCCCGUGCUGCGCUUGCCGCUAACAACUAUGAACUAAAGAAUCGGCGUAUUGCAGUCACCCUCACAGAUAUUCGCGUGCGUGCAAAGAACAAAGAGGGCACGGCGGAAACAGGUCUUGGCCAUCGCGCUGAUGCUCGAAAUCGUUCUGUCCGAGUUCGAAAUCUUCCCGCAGGAACACAAGAAGGACUACUUCAUCAGCUUCUGGAGAAACAUUCACUCGUUAGCCGAACUGAGAUAUUCACUGCUUUGAACGAGGCAGUAGUUGAACUUGAAAAUCCUGCUGAGGCUGGGAAACUACUGCUUCGAACUGAACCUAUUAUCCUCAACGGGAACGUAUUACAGUUCUCUGAAGAGAAACUAAACCCCUCUCGUGGUCAGCCUGCGGCACCGCCGCCAGCAACCGGGGGCAUGUUUGUACCUCGGACCGCUGGGUCUCGACCGAGAGCCGGCUUUGGUCGUGCUCGAAAACCUGGUCUUGGUGCCACACAGGCGACAUCGAGUUCUAAUACUCAGCCACCGGAGCAGAAGGGGAAGAAGGGGCAAGACGACUUCAGAAAGAUGUUGGGCUAGAUUAUUGCCCUCGCCAUACUUUUCUUCCGAUUGCUGCGUUAGCGAAUUCCUGUAUACUGAUGGU